UCACAGAAAAAGAGGUUAUAUACCAUCCCCUUGGUUUUUACGGUUUGUGGAAUAAAAACGUGAAAAUGAAGUGUAUAGUGCCAAAUUGCCGCAUAACUGGCCAUUAUGCGUCCAAAGAGUCUCCAAGAAUAAGAUUUUACAAAAUUCCUAAAUGCCCGUCGAUGAGGAAACUAUGGCAGGAGAUUUUGAACAUUUCUGGCCAGUUGAGCAACAACUCAUGGAUAUGCAGUCGGCAUUUUCGCAAAACGGAUAUUGUAAUGAAACGCCGGCGCGACCGCAGCUUCAAAUUCAUGUUGUCCCCAACGGCCAUCCCACUGGCACCAACUCCCCGAUCCCCUACAAAGCUUGCACGUACUCCAUCAGCAUCUCCGAGUCCUCCCACCUUAAUUACAUCCCCAUUGCAAAAUCCACCAGCAUCUCCUUCUGAGAUCUCAAUGGGAAUGCGCGAAAAUACUCCACCAGCAUCUCUUUCGGGGAUCCCGCCGAGGCAAGAAAGUACUGCAGAAGUUUCUCCGAGUCCUUCCCCCUUGAUUACAUCCCCAUUGGGUAAAAACCAUCAAUUGCCUGAACUUUAAGGGAUUUUAGACACACGAGCCCCAUCCAUGGUUAUGCCGCUCUGAUUAACCUGUUACACAAAUCUGUAAACUUUUAGGACUCUUGAAGGACUUCAAAAACUUAAAGAAAUAAAAAGAAAACUUGAAAAUAAGAAA